AUGCCACCAUCGAUGCAGCACGACGCCCUCUUUUUUCUGGCCUUGUCCAGGAGCCUGGAGCAUCGCUUUUCAGCAAGCUCAUGGAAGACUUACGCGGGGGUCUCCUUAGACCGGGUGAGCUACGAUCACGACAGUCGUUCGUCCCUUCCACCACAUGGACGCCGACAAUCCGACAACAUGGGGCUGUGUGUCGACAACGAGUUCAUGGCUACAUGCCCGAGGGAACCCUUCUUCCAUUUCGAAGGUAGCGGAACCGCGCACGCCGAAAAGCUGAUACUGAACUGGUUACGCGGUCUGAUUAACACUUCAAAAUGGCCGCCAGCGGACGGACAAAUGCACACAUUACAUCUGUUCACAGUCUUAUCUCCUUGUAGUGGAUGCAUCCAUUUUUUGGAGAGUUUUCUACGUCUCCUCCGGGAGAAGGGACUGAUGUGGAGAAUCUGGUUUGUCCUAGGAUAUUCAAAAGAGUACACGCCAUGUAAACCCAGUACGCCGCUAGCAAAACGAUUUUAUUCUGGUCCAGAUGUAACCAUUCCUUGGCUUUAUGAACUCCCACGUUAUUAUCCUAACUUCAGAGUGAUGAAAAUUUAAUAGAAUCUAAUCAUAAUAAUAGAGUUGACAUUUAUUAAGAUUGUAAUGAUAGUUUGUGUCAAAAUAGGUAGGAUUUGCGGAAGGAAAUGGAAAUUCGUAUUGAAAUAGAACCUUCGUUGCUUUUUGAAAGACCAGUGGAAUCGAGCGGCUAGAUGGACCUGAAUUGCCGGUUUCUCGAGACCGAUAUGUAGUUCUUGCGGGAAUGAUAAUUUGCCUCCUGGCCUGCAAGUCCGUUAUGAAAUGAUUGUAAAAAAGGAUUGCUUUUACUUUUAACGAUUAUCGUUGUUUUGAGACUAUAUCAACAAAAAUUCAACGGAGAAGAAUCGAGAGGUGUGAUCAUUAUUACAAAUAAUGACCUCUGAUAUCAU